AUGGGUGUUAAUUACCUUGCUGCGGUUAGCGAUAACUUAUCAAAUGACAGGUUGGCGUUAAUUGCUUUUAAGAAUGAAAUAACCCAAGAUCCACUCGGAAUAUUGAAUUCCUGGAACGACAAAAAUACUUCUCUUCAUUUCUGCAAGUGGAGAGGAAAUUGGUCGUCUUCUCGAUUGAGACGUUUGGGUCUUUUAAAUAAUUCCUUGGAAGGAGUGAUUCCGCAUAAUAUUUCUCGUUGCUCUAAUCUCAUACACCUUAAUAUCUCUGGAAACAAUCUUGGGGGAAGCAUCCCAAAUGAGUUAGGAAACUUAUCCAAACUCAAAAUAUUAAGACUUUAUGAUAAUAAUAUUUCUGGCGAGAUUCCUGCUUCAUUAGGGAACCUUUCAUAUCUUACUCACCUUGAUCUCGGUGGUAACAAUUUGUGGGGAAGAAUCUCAAACACUAUAAGCCAACUAAAAAGCUUACAGAUUCUUGGUCUGGAUUCGAAUAGGUUAUCAGGUAUUAUCCCUUCUUCGCUCUAUAAUAUUUCAUCACUUGAAGGCAUUGCGUUGGGGGAUAAUCGACUCCAAAGUAGUAUUCCUUCAUAUAUUGGUUUCACACUUCCAAAUCUCAUGUUUUUUGAUGUUGGGAUAAAUAAUUUCACGGGAACCAUUCCAAGCUCAUUUUCAAAUGCAUCUAAACUCGAGACUUUACAGUUAGGAACAAAUAAUUUUGUUGGAUCAGUGCCUUAUAACCUUGGUAACUUAAAAAAUCUUGACAUAUUACAGUUAGGAGAAAAUAAUCUUGGAAGUGGACAAGCUGAUGAUUUAAACUUCGUCAAUUCUCUAGUCAAUUGUACAUAUUUGAGGUGGUUAAUUGCGUCCUGGAAUAAUUUUGGUGGAGUGUUACCUAGUUCCAUAUCCAAUCUCACAACGAAUCUUGUUUAACUACAUUUCAGUGAGAA